UCCUGCCCGGCGCUGCCGGGGCUCACCCGCCGUGUGUGACAGUGUGUGACAAUGUGCCCGGGAGUGCCCGUGUCUGUGCGGGGGCACGGCAGGGGCCCUGGCUGCUCGGGGUAGCAAACAGCAAAAUGCAUCCUUUAACCUGCCCCUUGUAAGGAUCCUCCUGCAACAACAGCUGGAAAUUUUCAGGGAGAUUGAAUGUGUCUGAAAUUCCCUGAAACUGACAAAAUUCAAUAUGUGCAGAGCGUCUGAAAGAUUUUGCCCUAAUGCGCCGAGUUUUGAAGCUGUGUAGGGUAUGCUCUCAAUGCUGAGCACAAGGAUACUCACAGAAAUGAGUGUCAUUAGUGUGUCACUGGUUUCCAGAACGCUUAGCAACAAAUUGUCCAUGCCAGUGGUUAGAAGUGAUGUUUUUACUGGUAAGUGAAUACCCUGACAGGUAAGCACAGGGUUAAUGUUACAAAGGAAGAAGGUAAGAGUCACCUGUGUCUUGCUACUUGGCUGUGGGAGUUUCAGAAGAGCUUGCAGGGACAAGCCCUCUACAUUAGAUGUGCUUUUGUAAAAGUAAUGAUUUAGACUGUGUAUCACUUCAGCUGAAACCUGCAUUCUCUCUUUAUACAAAGGAAACAUUUUCACAAAGCAUCUGUAUGAGCCUGUUACUAAUUGUACCUUAAUUUUAAGGGAAUUUGGAUGGCAGAGUGAGAACUGGCUGUUCGGAAGAGGUCGUGGCUGAGGAUUAAUAACAUGUCUAAAGAAAUGCAGGAACUACAGAAGCAAUGGCACUCCGUGGUGCAGACCAUCCACAGCAACGCAAAUGUUGUUGCCUUUAUGAAUUCUCGUGUUGGCCAAUAUUUGGAUGACCAUCCUUUUGUUGCCUUAUCACUCCUGAUGUUUAUUGCAGUGUCAGCUGUUCCUGUUGGAUUUUUCCUGGUUUUUGUUGUUACAACAGCUGUAAUGGCCUGUAUUGGUGUGAUAGUCAUGGAAGGUGUUGUCAUAGCCAUAGGGGGCAUAGCCCUCCUGUGUGUGCUGUGUGGCCUGGGAGCCCUGUCCCUGGGAGUUUCUGGAGUGCUGAGUGUUUCUUAUGUUGCACUUUCAACUCUGGUCAACUACUGGUGUGCAUCAAGGGCUCAGAUGAGGAAGCAAGAUGCUAAUGGAAGUUUACCACAGAAGCAGCCUGGCUUGGAUCUUUCUGCCAAUACUGCAAAGAGGGAAUAAGUAGAUUUCUCCCCAUUUUAUAGGCACUUAGCUGUACAGGCUCAGCAUUUGCUAUGUAAUUGUUUACUCAUUAACCAUUCAAUCAUUGUGUACUCCUGGAAAGUGAGAAAAAUCAGUGUACAUCUUACACUGGCACUGUAAAAGGGAUCUUAAACAUAACCAAGAAGCAGCAGUGCAGUGGUAAGAGUAUGUGCAUGAUGGAGUGUUCCACAGAGUUUGGUAAAGGGAUGUAAUAAUAGUUGGUACUGUUAAGUCAAUGGCAAGGUGGACAGAGAGGGGAGGGAGAGAUUUGGUUUCUCAGAUUCUGGAGUUCUGAAUGUACUCCCUUUAGUACAUAGCAGUGGUCAUUUUGAUACAAAAGUAUCACAGUUCAGAACAUUAGAAACACAUUUUGAAUGUGGAAAAAUAAUUGUAAGCCUUAAACUUUGUUAAAAUAGAAUGAUUACACCAAUGCUUUAUGUUCAUUAUAAAGGGAAAAGUGGGUUUGUCAUAUGUCAUGGUCUAAAGCUUUUUUUUCUCCCUUUAGAUGUUAUGUUAUUCCAAAGGGAUAUUUUACUUACUCUCAUUGCCUCAUCAUAUCAGGGGUAUGCUUAGGUCUUGUUUAGGUAUUUAAAUUGCCUGGUUUGCUUCUCAGUUGUAACUUUGUGUAUGUUAUUUAAACUUUUUCAUUUUUGCAAAUAUUAUAUUUUUAAGCAUAAAGUAUCUAACUAUUUUAGUUUAAUAAAGUGCUGUUUGUUUAACCA